UUCUUCGUAUCACACACGGCCAUAAGUAAACCUCUCGCUUAAUCGCAUUCGCAGAGUGCGGCGACCGCCGAGUCUACUUUCCAAGUCGACCACCCAACAAGAUCUCGCUCUCUUCGCCUUGGGAACGGGAAGGUAGACCGAGACGAUCCUGGCUUUACUUCUGCGCUUCGAUCGCCUGCCAUUCUCCGUGGCACCCUUCGCCGUUUGAUUCGUGGAUCUGCGUUCCUUGCCUUUAAUCUCGAGCGCUACCCCUCCAAGGGUUCGGGGAUGGAGCGCCGCCUGCGAUCGAGUGUUUUGAUAACGUUGAUGUUCUCUCUGCUAUUGCACUGCCUCGGUGGAAAUCUGGUUGUCGCUGAGAACCGCCGACCGAAGAACGUCCAGGUCUCGCUCCGAGCGAAGUGGAGCGGGACUCCAUUAUUGUUGGAAGCGGGGGAGUUGCUCUCUAAGCAAAGCAAGGACCUUUUUUGGGAAUUCACUGAUCUUUGGUUAGAGCCAGAUAAAGGUUCAGAUUGUUUGACAGCUAGAUGCUGCAUACAAAAAAUUGUUGAUGAUAGUCGUACACUUCUGAGUGAAGCUUUGGGAUCAAUUUUUGAAUUCUCUUUCACUCUUCGAUCUGCAUCUCCUAGAAUAGUGCUUUACCGGCAGUUAGCAGAGGAUUCCUUCUCAUCUUAUCCUAUAGAUGAUGAAAUUAACUCAGCUUCUAUAACUGGAGAAAAACAAAUUCCUGAUGCAAACUAUUUUUUGAGCACUCCAAUCACAAGAAACCAUGGAGGACAUUGUUGCUGGGUGGACACUGGGAAUGCAUUACUGUUUAACACCAGUGAACUUCUUGUUUGGUUCAAAAACUCAUCAAAUGGACUCAAGGAGUACAUGGAGCAGAUUGAAAUUUUUGAAUUUGAUCAUGUCUAUCCGGGUUCAAACAGUGCCAGUCCAGUUGCCAUUUUAUAUGGAGCUAUUGGAACAGAAUGCUUCAGAGAAUUUCAUGUUUUGCUGGCAGAAGCAUCAAGACAGGGAAAAGUUAAGUACGUUGUUAGACCUGUGCUGCUUCCUGGAUGCCAAACAGCCAGUAGCUAUUGCGGUGCUGUUGGUUCUUCUGAUGCAGUAAAUUUGGCUGGUUAUGGAGUUGAACUUGCUUUGAAGAACAUGGAGUACAAAGCAAUGGAUGACAGUACUGUAAGAAAAGGUGUGAUACUCGAGGAUCCUAGGACUGAGGAUCUCAGCCAAGAAAUUCGUGGAUUUAUAUUUCAUAAAAUCCUGGAACGCAAACCAGAAUUGGCAACUGAGGUUAUGGCUUUUAGGGAAUAUUUAUUGUCAUCAACUGUGUCUGAAGCCUUGGAAGUUUGGGAACUUAAGGAUUUAGGUCACCAAACAGUACAAAGGAUUAUUCAUGCUUCUGACCCCUUGCAAUCAAUGCAAGAAAUCAAUCAAAAUUUCCCGAGUAUAGUCUCUUCAUUAUCUCGUAUGAAGCUUAAUGAGUCAAUCAAGGAUGAAGUACUAGCAAACCAGAGAAUGGUUCCCCCUGGAAAGUCUUUAAUGGCAUUGAAUGGUGCCUUGAUUAAUAUUGAAGAUAUUGAUCUAUAUCAGUUAAUGGAUCUUGUUCAACAAGAGUUAUCAUUCGCUGAUCAGUUCUCUAAACUAAAGCUUCCUUCGAGUGUGAUUCAGAAAUUAUUGUCAGCAACUCCACCUUCUGAAUCUAAUAUAUUUCGUGUUGACUUCCGAUCUGGAUAUGUGCACUACCUGAAUAAUCUAGAAGAGGAUGCAAUGUACAAUCGUUGGCGAAGCAACAUUAAUGAGAUAUUGAUGCCAGUCUUCCCUGGUCAGUUUCGUUACAUUCGAAAAAAUUUGUUCCAUGCUGUAUAUGUAUUUGAUCCUGCAACUAGCUGUGGUGCUGAGAUCAUCGACAUGGUUCUAUCUUUAUAUCAAAGCAGCAUUCCAAUGAGAUUUGGCAUUAUACUGUAUUCCUCGAAACUUGUCAAGGCUAUAAACAAAAAUGAUGGCCAUCUUCUUACAUCUCUGCACAAUGACAAGAGGGCAGAAGAUGUUUCAAGCUUUAUUAUACGCUUCUUCCUGUACGUUAAGGAGAACUACGACACUCAGUUGGCUUUUCAGUUUUUGAGCAGUGUUGGCAGGUUCUGGCAGGAUGAGGAUGUUCUGGGUGAAAAAACUGUUGGAGUGCAUGAUGUUGAAGGGGCAUUUGUUGAAACUCUCAUAUCAAAGACAAAGUCUCCUCAGGAUGUAUUAUUAAAGCUUGAAAAGGAGUCAACUUAUAAGGACGAGGUUGAAGGGAGCUCUAAUUUUGUUCUUAAACUGGGGUUGUCUAGCCUUGAAUGCUGCUUUUUGAUGAAUGGCCUUGUACAUGACGAAGUCAGUGAGGAAGCUUCUAUAAAUGCUAUGAAUGAAGAACUCCCCAGAAUUCAAGAACAAGUCUAUUAUGGGCAUAUUAACUCAAAAACAGAUGUCUUGGAGAAAUUUCUCUCUGAGAAUGCUUACCAACGCUAUAAUUUACAGAUACUAAACGAAGCUAAGGGUCAGAAAAGGUUUAUUUCACUAUUCUCAUCAUAUGCUGGGACAAAAGGAAUGCUUGAAGAUAUGAACUACUUGCACUCCCAUGGAUCUAUGGAUGAUUUGAAGCCUGUGACACAUCUUCUUGCCGUUAGCAUUACAUCAAGAACUGGGAUGGAAUUGCUGCAUGAAGGGAUAAAAUACUUGAUAGAAGGAUCUAAAAGGGCCCGGGUUGGCAUAUUGCUUUAUGGAGCCGAGUCUACUUAUUCACCUGCUUCUCUUUUUAUGAAAAUCUUUGACACAACUAUAUCCUUGUAUAGCUACAAGGCAAAAGUCUUAGACUUUUUAGAAGAACUGUGCUCGUUCUACGAGGGCAGAUAUAUGACAGUGCCUUUGCUGGAUUCUGAAAAUUUUGGCAUAUUUUCUGAUAUGGUUCAUGAAUUAGCUGAAAAAUUUGGUCUUCCUUUCGAUCACUAUAAUGCAACAUUUUCAGACUUUUCAGUGGCUGAAACAAAGAUGCAGAACGAGAAGGUCUCAGGUCUUUUGUGUGGGCAAUUAGGUCUUCAGUAUGGUUCUAAUGCUGUGAUUACAAAUGGAAGGAUAUUUAUUCUUAAAGAAGGGAGCCUCUUUCUGAGUGACGACUUGAGCCUUCUAGAGUCUGUAGAAUUUGAGAGAAGAACUAAAUACAUCUAUGAGAUUAUUGAGAAAGUGGAAUGGGUGGAUAUUGACCCUGAUUACCUAACUAGUAAAUUUUAUAGUGAUUUAAUCAUGUUAGUUUCCUCCUCACUGUCUACACGCGAGCAGAGUUCUGAGAGAGCACGCUUUGAAAUUUUGAAUGCAAAAUACAGUGCUGUCAAUCUGAACAAUGGAAAUUCCAGCAUACAUAUAGAUGCAGUUAUUGAUCCUCUAAGUCCCUCAGGACAGAAGCUUACUCCGCUUCUACAUGUACUGUGGAAAUGUGUUCGACCAAGCUUGAGAAUAAUUCUAAAUCCAAUUAGUUCUCUUGCAGACAUCCCUUUGAAGAACUACUAUCGGUUUGUAGUCCCUUCAUUGGAUGAUUUUAGUGCCGUUGAUUAUUCAGUAAAUGGUCCCAAAGCAUUCUUUUCUAAUAUGCCGAUGUCGAAAACCCUCACAAUGAACCUUGAUGUUCCUGAGCCAUGGCUUGUUGAGCCAGUUGUUGCCAUUCAUGACUUGGACAAUAUUCUGCUGGAAAACUUGGGUGAUUUGAGGACAUUACAGGCUGUGUUUGAACUUGAAGCUCUCAUUCUGACUGGCCAUUGUUCUGAAAAGGACCAUGAUCCACCUCGAGGGCUUCAGUUGAUACUUGGUACCAAGAGAGUGCCCCACUUGGUAGAUACACUCGUUAUGGCCAACUUAGGGUACUGGCAAAUGAAAGUUUCUCCUGGGGUAUGGUAUCUACAGCUUGCUCCUGGUCGAAGUGCAGACCUAUAUGUGCUGAAAGAAAAUGGAGAUGAAAGCUCAUCUGCACUACUUAUUACAAUAAAUGAUUUGAGGGGUAAAGUCGUACACUUGGGGGUAGCUAAGAAAAGAGGGAAGGAGCAUGAGGAGCUUUUGAGUGCUUCUGAUGAUCACAUGGAACAGAAGAGAAAAGAUGAUGAAAAUAAAUGGAAUGCAAAUAUAUUAAAAUGGGCAACUGGAUUUAUUGGCAGUGGUGGAUUACCAAGGAGGAAGGACGAGAUUAGACCUGAUCACAAGCAUGGUGGAAGACAAGGAGAAACAAUCAAUAUAUUCUCAGUUGCUUCAGGACAUCUGUAUGAGCGCUUCCUGAAGAUUAUGAUAUUGAGUGUUCUCAAGAACACUCAAAGACCAGUAAAAUUUUGGUUUAUUAAAAACUAUCUUUCUCCUCAAUUUAAGGAUGUCAUACCUCACAUGGCUCAAGAGUAUGGGUUCCAAUAUGAACUCAUCACGUACAAGUGGCCAACAUGGCUGCAUAAACAGAAAGAGAAGCAACGGAUUAUCUGGGCCUACAAAAUCUUAUUUCUUGAUGUUAUUUUUCCACUUUCACUUAAAAAGGUAAUUUUUGUGGAUGCAGAUCAAGUUGUAAGAGCAGAUAUGGGAGAUCUCUAUGACAUGGAUCUAAAAGGAAGACCUCUUGCAUAUACACCAUUUUGUGACAAUAACAAAGAGAUGGAUGGCUAUCGCUUCUGGAGACAAGGUUUUUGGAGGGACCAUUUACGUGGAAAACCUUAUCAUAUUAGUGCUUUAUAUGUUGUUGAUUUGAUGAAAUUGCGACAAACUGCUGCUGGAGAUACCCUAAGGGUUUACUAUGAAACUCUUAGCAAAGAUCCAAACAGUCUUUCUAAUCUUGACCAGGAUCUUCCAAACUAUGCCCAGCACACUGUGCCUAUAUUUUCUCUUCCCCAAGAAUGGCUUUGGUGUGAAUCUUGGUGCGGAAAUUCAACUAAGGCAAGAGCAAAGACCAUCGACCUCUGUAAUAAUCCAAUGACCAAAGAGCCAAAGCUACAGGGAGCUAAGAGGAUUGUUCCCGAGUGGGUUGAUUUGGAUGCGGAGGCGAGACUUGUGACUGCAAGAAUUUUAGGUGAAGAAGUUGAGUCAAGUGAAACCGUUACCCCGCCGUCGUCAUUGCCUGAUACUUCACAGAGCAAUCAUCAAAAAGAUGAGUUGUAAUUGGGUUGGUAAUGCUCUGUGAUUUGAUAGGAUAACCAGCAGGGGAACAUGCCCAUGAAUGAAGCAAUAGUAUUGAGAUCAACUAGAGUUGGAAACUGCAAGAACUAGUACUCGUCUCCUGCCAUUGAUUUACCACUCUGAUAUAUCUCGUAUUUAAUUAUUCUGUAGCUAAUUAAUCACAUCAGAAACUGUCCAUUAAGCCAUCAUAAAAAUUUUGACAUUGCCUUCAACCUCAAAGUCGAGGAUAUUGUAAAAGGUUGGUAUUCAAAUGAGAUUAUAUAUAUAUAUAUAUAUUUUGCAUUUUCAACAA